UCACAGCAAAAUGUUUUUGUAUUUUACUGCAACUUGUUUAAGUUUUAAAUUGUAUAAUUAGUGAUUUCUUUCAUUUGAUAAUAGAUUGUUUAACAUUAUAAUUGUUAUUAAUAUUUUUAAAUUGGCUUUUCGUUAAUUUCCAAGUGGUCCAACUAUAGUGAUAUGCGAUUAGAGGAUUCAUCGCCUGCGAUGACUGAACCUCUGUCAGAUACCUUCACAUCAGGCCAACAACGUCCAGCCAUUACUGAGAUAAAUGAUUUAAAGAUAUGGCAGGACACCAGUCCUAGAGAUACCAAGAACGAUUUAACAGUGGAAGUGGGUCGAGAUUUUGAAACAACACCUUUUCCUUACGACGAGAAGAUCAAUCGAAAAAUUGCCCUCUGGGUUGGUGAUAUUUCACUUUUAAAUGUGGAAGCCAUUGUAAAUACGACAAAUGAAAAUUUUUUGGAUGAUAAUCCUGUUUCAAGUAGAAUACUCGCCGAAGGAGGACCUCAUUUAAGGCAUUGUUUGAUCCGUGAAUUAAGAGGAUGCCGAUCUGGUGAAGCACGUUUAACCAAAGGGUAUAAUUUAAAUGCCAGAUACAUCAUUCAUACAGUUGGACCCUGGUACAAACCAAAAUUUCAUACAGCUGGAGAAAACAUACUUUAUUCAUGUUACAAUAAGGUUUUAUCAAUGGUCAGAGAGAAUAAGAUCAGGACAGUUGCUUUACCACCACUGAAUACUGCUCGGCGGAAAUAUCCUCCUCGAGAAGCUGCCCAUAUUGCCUUGCGAGUUGUAAGGAGGUUUCUUGAAAAAUAUGGCGAUGGCAUUGACUUAAUUGUAUUAGUUGUUUUUAAUGAUCAGUCCCAAAUGACAAAUGAGGUUGCUAUCUAUGAAUCUUUGAUGCCGCUUUAUUUCCCAAGAUCUGCAUCUGAGGAAGAACAAGCCUGUCAUCUAUUACCUAAAGAUAUCGGAGGGGAAAAUGGUGAACCUUUAUUACCUGAACGUCAAAUUCGUAUCACAGAUAAACCACAAAAAGCCAGUCUAGAUGAUCUUGAAGAUAGUGUUGAUCUACACAGUGGUCUCGAUUCUUCCGUGAUAGUUGGUAGAUCUGCGUUUGCGGAGAUGCACGAUGAUAUCGAUAAACCACGAAACAAUUGUAAUUCUAAACUUCGUCCUAAUGAUGCCGUGUCAAAUGAAAUUCGUCGAUCAAAUCUCUAUGAAAGAUUAUUACGCCGUUCCAAGUUUGAAGAUCUUUCAGAAAUCGCAUCACUUCGCUGUCUUUAUACCGCUGGUGAGGACAAAUUUGGCCGACUCAUUGUUGUCUUUAUUGGCAAAAGAUUCAAAGCCAAUCAGAUUGAUUUAGACAAAGCUCUUUUAUAUCUUAUUUUUACCCUUGACCGACUCGUUUCACGAGACUUUGUUGUCAUGUAUUUCCACACACUGACUACUCGAGAUAACCAUCCACCUCCAAAUUUCAUCCGAUACGUUUAUGAAACUCUUGACCAUCGAUAUAAAAAAAAUCUAAAAGCCUUCUACAUCAUACAUCCAACCUUAUGGAAUCGUUUGACGACUUGGUGGUUCACAACAUUCACCGCUUCAUCCAUUAAGAAUAAAGUCUUUUGUAUAAAAGGAGUAGAGUUCCUUCGGAAUGUUGUCUCAAUUAGCCAACUUCAAUUACCGUCCUUUAUCAUGAUUUAUGAUUGCAAGGUUUAUGGAUACAGUUUUACAGCUCAUGAAGCUUUACCCUAACCACAUAAAGAUGGAGGAUCCAAAGCUAAAUAUGUUUAAUAUCGCCAUUUGAUGAGACCAAUGAAUAUUUGGAUGAAAAGCUUUCCUUUGGUCAGGAUGCAGCUAAAACUUGUCUCUCUUCUCUUUCUUUCCUUUUCUAUUUUUCAUCUUGAUAAGUUGCAUCCUCGGUUGGAUGCCAAGUUAACUAAGCCAAAUUAUCCUGUAAACCAAUGUUUACUUUUUCCCUUCCUAGUUGUCCAAUAUAACCAAAAGAGCAAAGACACUGCUUUUUUAAAUACGGCUCAUUAUUAUUCUAACCAGUAUAUUGGAGGUUCAGUCAAUAUGCUUUUAGCAAUCUUACCUCACUAACAACGACAAUUUCCUCAAAUAUCCAACAAUUCAAUACUCGUCUUUAUCAUAAUCUCUCAUUUGCCUCUCUCUCUAUCUUCCUCUCUGUGAUAAUCUUCAAUCAAGAGCUUUUCGUUUACAUGGGAGAAUCAAUGAAACUUAAAUUGUUCUGUUUCUUUUCUUUACAUUUUUCCUUUUGACAAUUGAGUUGAUACAUAAUUUACAGCAAAUGUUAAUGCUGCUCAAAAUAUUUUCCUGUCUCUUCCCAAACCUUUAUUCAAUCAAUAAGCAGCUAAUUUCAAUGAUUAAAUCAAAAGCAACGAUUACCUGCCUAACAAAUAUAUCAAUUCAAUAAUCAACAUCAUCAAUUUUUAUCAAUUCAUUUUCUAGAACAAAAGAUUGAAUAAAGUAUAUACAAAUAUAUUUUCCAGUAAA